GAUAUAUAUAUAUAUAGUAUAUAACGUAACGUUACACAAAACUUGCGUAUUUUUUCUCUUUCUCUCCGCAAUUUACUUCCGUCCCGAGCUCGCCGCGCGCGCGAUGUGACUCUCGUCUGCAGUCUCGUCGAGUUUCCACGCGACGCAUUUGAAUUAAAUUAGUGUUUUCUCGACACAGCCGCGUCGAUCCAAUCUGCACGUGUAAAACCCUUUGAAAUGUUACCUCCGUAAUAAAAUUGACAACUUUUUUCCAGCUGAAUGUUAAGCGUCGCCCGAGAGUUAAGAGUGUUCGAUAUCCGUAAUUUAUUUUUACAGGUGCUGCAGCAGGCAGCUUUUUAAUUGCAGUGCUUGAUGUAUUCACGUUUCGCGGCUGCACUCGCGUUAAUGUUGCACGCGAAACGCGUGCGGCGAGUUGUUUGUGCAAACGAAUAGAUAAAGGAUACUUUCGUGCAGUGUCGCGUCGCGAGACGAUAUAACGGCGGACACCUGAUACGUACGCGUUUAAUCUCGACAUACGAAUAAAUGACGAAAUUGUUAAAUUCCGCCGGUAUCCGCGCAGCGCAUCGAUAUCUCGCGUCCCAUGCCCAUCAUCGCCUACGGUGCAGGCCGAACCACCGCGUCGCGUACGUACGCGAGUAUAUUGUAACGACGAAAAUGUCGCUUAGCUAAUCACGGGACGAGGCGCAGCAGGUGUGCGAAAGGUGUCGCGCCUUUGACUCCCGACUAAUCGCGCCCGAUGUGAUGUUGCCGCAAUGUCCCUCACCUCGAGAACAAACAGAUGGGCCUCGAAAGUAAUCAUCAUAUUACAGCUGGUCACCUGGAACGCCGUCGGUAUUCUUCUUCUUCACAGAGGCGUCAGCACGUUGCGCAGGAGAAUCCUGGAGACCAGCAACGUUGUCGAGGCAGCGGACCCGCCGUUCGGUUUAGAGUCUAUCGUGUCGACCACGAGACGCGAUGGGAACGAAUACAAUCUAGCCACCCGGUCACAAUUAUCGAUCGACAAAAACGUGGAAAUAAUUCAGAUAGAUCCGGAAAGAUCGUUCCCGCGCGACAAUAGAAAUCUCUCCGGAUUAAGCGAGCGAUUGAAAAACGCGUUCGAGAUUGUUUCGGAGGAGCAACGAUCCACGCUCUUCCCUACGGAUUCUCUCGUAGUCCCGACGAUUAUUCAAGCAACACCUGCAAGCUCGCGGCUGAAGAAUCAUUUGACGGAAGAUCGGCGCCAUACCGGCGAUAAUCAUUUCGAGGAUAAAGACGUAACGAGCAAGAUUUCAAGGAUCGCUCGAGACAGGGAGCAUAACCUCGCGGGUAAAGGAAUCGGUUCAGGAAGUAGCCACGUGAAAGAGAACGUCACUUUGAUCUCGGAUCGUUCGGGAUCCAGGACGACAGGAUCGGCGGUUUCGACGGAGGAGGAUGUCGAUCUCGCGAGAAACUCCGGAUUAAGCGAGCGACUGAAAACCGCGUUCGAGAUUCUUUCGAAGCAACAACCCACGCUCUUCCCUGAUGAGGAUGGUGUUUUUCUCGCAGUUCCGACGACUAUUCAAACAACACCUGCAAGCUCGCCGUCCAUUCACGCCGACAAGAAGACUGAUCCACAGGAGCAGCAGAACCAAUUCGGCCGAGUAUCUACCUGGACGGGCAAAAGUAACAUGAGAGCUUCCCGCGCAAACGAGGAUGGUGCGACAACGGCUGUCGCACUGGUGUCCAUCGGUGCGAUCAUGCUGCUGGUGGGCCCGAUCAUCAUCAUAUUACGGGUCUUGGACGAGAGGAGGCAAGCGAGGAAGCUGAUCGCGUUGCCAACGAGCGCGCGGGAGGAUCUGCCACCGACGUACGAGCAGGCCGUUCUCAUGGACGAGGCGCCGAGAUACUCGACGCUCACGUUGAACGACGAUCACACACCGCCACCCUCGCCGACUCACUCUUCCACCUAUGCCUAUUCGAAUGUCGCGACAUAGCUAGUCGUGUCCUAACAGGAAUUUUGGGCGGGUUUCUUUUUUUUUUUUUGUUGCUUUUUUAUAUAAUAAAAAUCGAUUUAUUACAAAA